UCUGAUGCCGAGGCUGAAGGAGUCUCGCAGCCACGAGUCGUUGCUCAGCCCCGGUAGUGCUGUGGAGGCCGUGGACCUCAGCAUGGAGGAUGAGGUGCUCAUCAAACCUGUUCACAGCUCCAUCCUCGGACAGGACUACUGCUUCGAGGUCACCACUUCAACGGGAACUAAAUGUUUCUCCUGUCGAUCGUCAGCCGAAAGGGACAAAUGGAUGGAGAACCUGAGGAGAGCCGUCCACCCCAACAAGGACAACAGCCGCCGGGUGGAGAACAUGCUGAAGCUGUGGAUCAUCGAAGCCAAGGACCUUCCUGCCAAGAAGAAGUACUUCUGCGAGCUCUGUCUGGACGACGCGCUGUACGCCCGCACCACCUGCAAGCUCAAGACCGACAACGUCUUCUGGGGCGAGCACUUUGAGUUCAACAACCUCCCGGCCGUCAAAAGCAUCACGGCCCACCUCUACAAGGACUCGGACAAGAAGAAGAAGAAAGACAAGAACAACUACAUUGGACUGGUCAACAUCCCCGUCGCCGCGGUGACUGGGAGGCAGUUCAUGGAGAAGUGGUACUCUGUGAGCACGCCGACGCCCAAUAAGGGUAAGACGCCAGGCCCCAUGAUCCGGAUCAAGGCCUGCUACCAGAGCAUGAACAUCCUGCCUAUGGAGAUGUAUAAGGAGUUUGCAGAGUACACCACCAAUAACUACAUGUUGCUGUGCUCUGUGCUGGAGCCUGGCAUCAGUGUGAAGAACAAGGAGGAGAUGGCUUCUGCCCUGGUCCACAUUCUACAGAGCACCGGCAAGGCCAAGGACUUCCUGACUGACCUGAUGAUGUCAGAGGUGGACCGGUGUGGGGAGAACGAGCACCUGAUCUUCAGAGAGAACACCCUGGCCACCAAGGCUAUAGAGGAGUACCUCAAACUGGUGGGGCAGAAGUACCUGCAGGACGCACUUGGUGAGUUUAUCAAGGCGCUGUAUGAGUCAGAUGAGAACUGUGAGGUGGACCCGUCCAAGUGUUCGUCCAAUGACCUGCAGGAGCACCAGAGCAACCUGAAGAUGUGCUGCGAGCUGGCCUUCUGCAAGAUCAUCAACUCCUACUGUGUGUUUCCACGGGAACUGAAGGAGGUGUUUGCGUCGUGGCGACAGGAGUGCAGUAGCCGGGGCCGACCGGACAUCAGCGAGCGUCUGAUCAGUGCGUCUCUGUUCCUGCGCUUCCUGUGUCCGGCCGUUAUGUCACCGUCGCUCUUCAACCUGAUGCAGGAGUACCCUGACGACCGCACCGCACGCACACUCACGCUCAUCGCCAAGGUUACUCAGAACCUGGCCAACUUCACCAAGUUUGGCAGUAAGGAGGAGUACAUGUCCUUUAUGAACCAGUUCCUGGAGCACGAGUGGACCAACAUGCAGCGCUUCCUGCUGGAGAUCUCUAACCCGGAGACCAUCUCUAACACAGCAGGGUUCGAAGGUUACAUCGACCUGGGACGGGAGCUGUCCACCCUGCACAACCUGCUGUCAGAGGUCGUCUCUACCAUGGACCAGACCUCCGCCUCCAAACUGGGGCCUCUACCCAGGAUCCUCCGGGAGGUGAACACAGCGCUGACCAACCCUUCCAGUAUGACCAUGACCACGACCGCUCCGUCCCCCUCUGACCGUACGGGGUCUCCGCCCAACGCCGGGGCAGGCUGCAGCAUCUCCACCGGCCUGCAGAAGAUGGUCAUCGACAAUGACCUCUCAGGGUUGGUGGACUUCACCAGGUUACCCUCCCCGACCCCGGAGAACAAGGACCUAUUCUUCGUCACCAGGAAUUCUGGGAUCCACCCCUCUCCGGCCCGCAGCUCUAGCUACUCCGAGUCCAAUGAACCCGAGCUGGGCAUUGCCAACGGCAGCAAAAGCCUGUCCAUGGUGGACCUCCAGGACCCCCGCAUCUUAGAGAGCGGCCCCUCAGACGGACUGGGAGAGGGCAUCGUUCCUGGGGGAGUGUGGUCGGCCCGGACCCCCCAGGGUAACAUCAUUGGAGGUCCUACACUGAGGAGGCCGGUCCAGAUCCCCACCACCCCUGGGUCGGAGAGCGCCCCAGGCAGGCCGGCUCAGCUUCUAGCCCCCCUGUCCUUCCAGAACCCCGUCUACCAGAUGGCGGUAGGGCUGCCAGUGUCGCCGCGAGGCAUGGCCGACUCAGGCUCCGAGUGCCACAGCUCCCACAGUUCCCAUAGCAACAACGAGGACGGGCUGGGAGGAGGAGGGAAGCACAACACCUUCCUGAACCACGGAGGAGGAGGAGGAGGUGGGGGGAGUAGCGGGGAGGAGUAUGCACGUCGUUCGGGGGAGUUUGUAGGCACGCGGAGGCAGCUGUCACUCACAGAGGCCCAGCCCACCAUGCCCAGACAAAACAACGCCGGCCCCCAGCGCAGGAUAGACCAGCCCCCUCCACAGACCACCGUCACCAGGGGCCGCACGCCGCCCAACCUGCUCAACAGCGGGCCCUACCCGCGCCCCUCCAGCGGCAGCAUGAUGUCAUCAUCGCCCGACUGGCCCGGCAGUGGCGCGCGGCUACGGCAACAGUCGUCGUCAUCAAAAGGAGACAGCCCCGAGACCAAGCAGAGAGCCCAGCACAAACAGGCCCCCUCCCCAAUGAACCCCAAUGCGCUGGACCGUACGGCUGCCUGGCUGUUGAAUAUGAAUGUGCAGUAUGUAGACCAUGAGGGGAUGGACCCCGAGUUCAGAAACAGAGAGGAUCUCACUCAGGCCGAGAAGUACCAGCAGGAGAUCGUGGUCCUCCAGGAGAAGCUGCGUGUGUCGGUCCAGAAGCUGGAGGAGUACGAGGCUCGUCUGAAGGGCCAGGAUGACGGAGGUCCGAAGGUUCUGAUGGAGUACCAGGCACGGCUGGAGGAGUCUGAGGAACGCCUGAGGCGACAGCAGGACGACAAGGACCUCCAGAUGAAGGGUAUUAUCAGCAGGCUAAUGUCUGUGGAAGAGGAGCUGAAGAAAGACCAUAGUGAUAUGCAGGCUGUGGUCGACUCCAAACAGAAGGUCAUUGAUGCACAGGAGAAGCGUAUAGCGUCUCUUGACGCAGCCAACGCCCGUCUGAUGAGUGCUCUGACCCAGCUGAAGGAGCGUUACAGCAUGCAGACCCGUAAUGGCAUCUCCCCGACCAAUCCCACCAAGCUCCAGAUCACUGAGAACGGAGAGUUCAGGAACAGCAGCAACUGCUAGAGAGAGACUGAUAGAGGGUGUGUGUGUGUGUGUGUGUUGGCUGGUGCUUGUAGAGGACACUUCCUUAUAUGGACACUAAACGGGGGUUAGUCUGAGUGAGGAGACCACUGUGAGGGGCCAAGCAGCGAGGAGGCGGGACUUCAGUUUGACAGACAGCUGACCAAGUCAGUGACAGCGAAUCAAUGGACAGAGCUGAACACCAGUGGGCCCUGCAGAGGAGGAGGCGGGACAAGCUGUAGAUAUGAACUGAACGGUCCAUUAAUCAACCGAUUUGGAUGUUUCCAUUGGAUGUAUGCAGUUGCUGGGACAAUUUCAGACUCUCUUCCCUAAAGCUUUGGACAAAUCACUAUAAUCAACACAAUGUCUGUCUGUCAAAUAGUCACCCAAUCCUCUCUCUUCCCGUCUCCUCUGUUUUCCUCUCCUUUCCUGACCUCCUCUCUUCUCUGUUACGACCAGGUCAUGUGGACCGUGUACAAAACAAAACAAUAAUAACAGAAAAAUAAUUUAUAGUAGUGUUAAAUCUCAAAGAAAAGUAUUUUUGUCCAAUGGCUUAUUUAGAUCUUAUCUCGUUCUUUUAAAAACCAAAUAUGAGCUUUGAAAUAUGUUUUUGUCCAGACUGAUAUUCUUGUUUAAGUCCUUGGGUGUGUUCCAAAGUGCCCCGCAAUCCCGUACAAUGAUAAUACUUUUUGGGGGAAUUUUAGUUUGUGGUCAAAAAGACUGUAAAAUCACUAUGAAUUCAGCAAAAAAUGUGUUUAAUUUAGGAAAUCUGUUCCUAAGUAUUCCCAAAAAUAAAAUACAUUUAAUUUUUUUUAAAGACAUA